AUGGCGGCGACAUCAGGAACUCCCCUGGAGACAGUAAGGUGUAAAGGAAGCUCGAAAUGUCCGAACCACAAACAGAAAGACGUGGUCUAUGUUUGUUUGGAUUGUAAAAUUCUAAUGUGUACAACGUGUGGUAUCAAAUCUUCACACAAGACACACAAUUUAGAGGAACUUGACGUCUAUGCACCAGAAAAGAAAAGUGCAAUGUUAGAAUUUAUCAACAAAUCUGAAAACAAUACACUUCCUCAACUUAGAGAAGAUACGGUAUCUACAGAGGUUCAGGAGACAAAGGUUUCAUCGGAAUUAAAGGAAGUCACAAACAACACGAAGCAACAUGAAAAGAAAUGUAAACAUAUAAUAGGUGUAUUGAUAUCAGAUAUCACGUCCCAGUGUGAGGAAAUAGUGAGGAUUAACCUGGAGAAACUACGACAACACAAGGAGGACACACAACACAGAUAUGACGUCAUAUCAGCCGAAGUUAAAGAAUGUAAGAAAGUCCUUCAAACAGGUACAGAUGUUGAUGUAUACGACACAGAAUUUGAUACAAUAGGGAAUGAUAGAGGUCCUGAUAAACCUGUUCUACAAACCUGCCAGUAUCAACCGUGUACUAACGUUACUUAUCAUCUUCAACAGGCAAUAGGGAAAUUCACAGUUGGGUCUAUUACUACACCCAUCAACGCACAAUUGAACACGUCUUCUGUUGGUAACGCUGGAUCAGGGAAAACAUCCGAUGAUGGCAAGUCAUCGACCCACCAUUCACCUUAUAAACUACUUGACCAAUCAGCAAUAGUAUCACAAUUUUCAUUUGCGACAAAAGCUAUCUCCAUAUGUGCAACACGAAAGGGUGAAAUUUGGGUACUAGAAUCGGAAUGUAAAACGUUGACUCUCUUAAACAGCAAAGGCGAAAUCAAACGGAAGAUAAAACUUGAGGGACAUGUCCAAGAUAUGUGUGUGUGUCCCACAACCGGUAAUCUCUGGUUUUGUAAUAGAAAACAAACUAUCUAUUUGAUGCACAACCAAGAAACACCAGUCAAACAGUUUACAGUAAGUGACAGUCCGACCUGUCUGUGUGUAACAGGUAACAGGAUUGUUGUACUGGCUACAACAGACAAACUGGUGGCCUGCACAGUCACCGGGUCUGUAGUAUGCACCACCAUGAAUGAGAAAAAAACAUCGUUGUUGCCAUAUAUGCUAUCAUGGUGUCCCGUUACAGGGAACGUAGCAGUGGCAUAUUGUGAACAUGUCAAGGCCGCGGACCAGAGAAGGUUAUGUGUCAACGUGUAUGACAAGUCACUCAAACAAAUGUUCACCUACAUAGCAGGCGGGCUACAACAAAAUACAUGUUUAAAGAUGUUUAUCGUCUACGAUUCUGUAGGAAAUUUAGUGAUAAAUGACCAGAAUAGAAACAUAAUAGAACUUAUCAGUGGAUCAGGUCAGUUCAUUAAAACGUUACACAACACUGUGGGAGGAGCCAUCAGUAUAGAUCCAAACAAUGUACUUUUUAUUCAGGUGUGUCAGGAGGUGAAGGAGGGGAAGAGAAACACUACGUUUCAACAAAUCAAAUAUUACGAGUGA